AUGGCCAACCAAGUCACAUCUCAAUCCAAAUUACAGAGCACCACGUCAAUCACUGAAAAGAAGCCAGCGGGAACAGGUUCCCCCAUCGCCACAAUAUCAGCAAAAUUUGACGCCAAACAGCAGCAACCACCACCUGUUCCACGAAGGCCAAAUCACGCGUCGCGAUCCUCAAGCACCUCGUCAAAGCGGAUAUCUGCUGUCGCUGUCCCUAUAGAACCCUCGGUCAAGCCAUUCGAGGAUUACUCUGCUGUGCCAGGAGCCCUCAGAAGAUCCCUUUCUUUCAAGAUCCCCAUUCGAGUCGCAACCGACAACCUUUCACCAGCCAACCGCUCUCGUGCUCAGUCACUACCACAGGAACACCAAUCUGACGAUCCCAGUCAUCAACACCAUCACCCAAAACGAGGCUCUCUUUCAUCGAUAGGGGAGAAAACGACCGCAGAGGCCCCGAAAGAACCGCAAGCCACCAGCCCGACACUUUCGAUCAAAUCACUUUCAGAGCAAUUUCUGAAAGAACGUGGCCUACUCAACUCCGAACCAGUAGACGAAACAAGCUCACCUGAGGAGCUCCAGCAUUCAUUGCAAGAUCAAGUUGUCAGAUAUCUAACCACAAUGUCUUCCCCAGCAAAGACCCCAGCGGAAGAGCAGUCUCGUGCGCCUGCCUAUCCCACAUCCUACCCACCAGCCAACACAGGGAUGAGGGGAAACAUGCCCGCACCAGGCCUCCCUGUCCCCAUGCCCAACCUGUCUGGCACCGCAAAUGGCCCUGUUGGUAACCUGCUCAGAGGUCCUGUUGAUGAGAACGGGAAGUUGACCAAAGCUGCUCUGAUGGUUGGCAUCAAGUUGGACCUGGAAGCCGAGGUUCACUUGACUGCUCGCGUCCGUGGUGACAUCCUUGUUGGUUUAUACCAAAGCCCCGUGGUCUACGACGAGAAGUGCACGCACGGAAAUCACAAAGAGUGGCCAGUCACUAGGAACCUGUCCAUCAAAUGGUGCAGAGCGACACGACAUUGCGCCUUGCAACAAGUCACCCUUUGCUUCACAGGCAUAACCUCAAAUUCUGUCUUUCACAACCUUGCUUGGGCACAUGGAAUGAACCACUUGGGUGCCUUUGGCAGCUUCGCAAGCUGUGCUGAAGGCCAAGCAAAAUCGCCCAAUAUUGCCCAACAUUGA